CAAUUGCCCCAGAAAAAGUACACCGCCCGGGUGAUAUAAAAGACAUGCUCAGCACGGUGAAAAUUAUCAUUCCUCCGUUGCACUUCAGCUGAACACUCAGUACAACCCCAAACCAACCCUCCAACAUGAAGGUCUUCGCUCUGAUUGCUGCCCUCUUCGUGGCUACCGUGGCUGGAUCUGGUCUCAUCGAGAACAGGCUCAUCCACAGUGAGAGAUUCGGACACGCUCUCUUCAGGGAGGGUGGAGCUCUGGCCGCCCCCAUCUACCGCAACGACCUCAUCCACCCCAUCACCUACAACAACUACGACGGCAUCUACCACCCAUACGCCUACGAUGGCACCUACCACCACGCCCCUCUGGACGCCUACAACUACCGCACCUACACGGGCCCCUAUGACUUCCGCAGCGAGGCCAUCACCGCCGAUCUGCGCUACAACCUCCCAUACGGAUACGCCCGCCACUUCUAAUUUAUCGCAUUCCGAUCCAUUUCCGUGCGCUGAGUGCCAUUUUGGGUGAAUAAAUGUUGUAAAUUAAUAACUUAAAAAGCCUGUUUUUCAACAUCCGCAUUC